GCACUGCGUGCACUGCAACACGGAAAUAAAAUGGAGUUUUGAUGACGGCUAUAAAAGCCUGUUGAGUGUUGUGCUGAAGGUCAUCAUGAUUUAUUAAUUGGUAUCUGAUACGCCUAAAAUGACACGGGAUUCUCCCAUUAAUAGUAUUCAUUAGGAGUAAGACCAGAGGAUCAUCAGUCGCGGGCAAUAAUGGAUCCUUCCAAGGAGCCCCUGGAUGACUUCACUUUGUCGGCUUUGGCCGACAAGCUUGGCAAGGACUGGCUAAAGCUGGCCAGACGCCUGGGCCUGACCGCGGCCAGAAUAGACGUCAUCAAGGCUGACAAUCCUCUUAACACCGUCAACCAGAUCAUGGAGAUGCUUGUUACGUGGCGGAGGACGCUAGGGCAAGACGACGACUCCUUUGGCAUCCUUGCUGAGGGCCUGAAGAAAGUUGGCCGCACCGACCUGGCUGAGGAAUUACUGGUCAAUCAGAAAGCAAACAGUCCAAGCGCCUUUGAAAUAAGGGCCCUCCGCGCUGAGCUGGCUGAGCAUUAUCUAAAUACAACCUGCAAAGUACCAACGCAUCCCGUGUUUCCGGCUUGGGUAAGAGAUAUGAGCGGAAUUUAUGUUGAUAUGAACCUUAUUGAAGAAAAUGAUCCACCCUGCGGGCAGCCUUCAACAUCAGCAAGCGCUUCGAAGGAGCGUACCAUGGAGAGGUGUGAAAAGAUAGAUCAGAAAAAGAAGGUUCGCCUGGGAUCUCACGAGGAUCUGGUGGGGCUAGACGGUGCUGGAAAGUACAGGGUAUUGUUGAAGGGUAGGCCUGGUUCUGGGAAGACGACGGUCAUCAAAAAGAUCACAUACGAUUGGUCAAGUCUUGAAGAAUCAGGAGACGAGUCAUCUCAGUUAGAAGCUGAGGCAGCAAAGUCAGAUAACAACCAAGAGUCUAAGUCUCGGUCAGCAUUCUCCAAAUUCACUUUGUUGUUUCCUCUCAAAGUCAACCAAAUGACUCAUGACAAGAGCAUCGUGGAUAGCAUCAGUCGGCAAAUUCUUGCUCGGGAUACUAAGGUGUCAAAAGUUGGUCUGAAGAACUUCAUCGAGACUCGACAAGAGGAGAUUCUCUUUCUCUUGGACGGUCUUGACGAGAUACCGGCGAGUGUUUUUGAGGAGGGGGACAACGUCUUGAAAGAUUUGCUGACGGGUAGGAUACUGAGGCGUUGCUGUGUCAUUGUCACGAGUAGACAUCACAGGGCUCACCAGCUCCUCAAAAGCUAUCCUCAUUUUGCCAAAGUUGAAACCACAGGUUUUGGAUCCAGGGAGAGAGACAGCUAUGUGAAGAAGUACUUUGCCAGUGCACAAGACCAAACGCAGCUCAUAACCGAGAUGGAAUCCUCGGCUACUCUCCGCCAUCUAGCCGCGAUUCCCCUGCUGCUUCUCAUGAUGUGUCUUGUAUUUGCGUCCCAGUCCACGCUGCCAAAGAGAUUGACUAAGCUCUACGAGAAUGUCAUCCAAACUCUUCUCAUGCACCAAGCCGCCAAACAUGGUGCUCCUUCAAAGCAAAAUCAGAGGAGCCAAGUACCACAUCAGCUCAUGAACAGACUAGGACAAGUAGCACUCGAGGGAUUACUACGCAGCGGCGGAGAGAAACUUGUUUUCUCCGAAUAUGAAUUCUCCCAGGAGGAUAUUGCUGAGGGAUGCGACAUUGGUCUGUUGGUUCAGGACAUUGUGCCUGAUGGUUUAGAGGUUGAGUCAAAAGUCACAUUCCUGCACAAAAGUUUUCAAGAGCUCUGUGCAGCCUCCUACUUGGCGGAGCUAGCCAAGACCAGCAAGAAACAGUUCAAGAAAUACCUCGCAAGCGUCACCGUCGACACAGUAGGUAACAUGGAGUACCUUCUCCGAUUUUGCUGCGGGAAAAGCACGAGAGCGGCAAAGCUGGUCCUCCACCAUGUGAAGAAACUUCAGAAACGAAGCUUAUAUUUUGAGAGAGGUCAGUCUCAGCGCCUCAGGCUGAUACUUGCAUUUGAAGCAAAGUCCAAGCAUUUGAAGAGCUUCCUUUCAGAUGUGACAUCGUUUCCUCUCCUCAAAGGUGAGCAUCUCCUAGCGGCCAACUGCUUCCUCCAAAACGUUGGAUGCCUGUCUCAAGUGAGAAAGUUGAGUGUUGCAUGCGAGUCUUCAACAGAAAUGGGUCUCGUGAUGAGUAUGCUCAGCCACACACCGCAUGUUCAGGAUUUGAUUUGCCACAGGGGUGCGAAGGAUACCACUCCAGAAGAGGCAUCCGUAAAGAUCCCUCGUCUGAGACAGCUGACGACAGUGUACUUCUUUGACAGCCCUGCCGUCCAGGCGUCCGGUCAUAGUAGUUCGUUGGUGCCUCGAUUUUUAGCAAAGCAGGCUAAUAUGACGCACGUUCACCUACUAGGUGUAGACAUGCACGGUUGGGUCGGUGCCCUACAACCUCACGUUCGGACAGUCAAGUCCCUGUGUUUGUCCAAUGCUGGGCUUCUUACAGCGGACACCAGUGGGUUAUUUGAUAUGCUGACAGCAGCUAGCAGCAUGAAGGUGCUCAAUUUGUCCGGCAAUAGUCUGAACGGCUCGUUGCACGCAUUGGUGUGUUUUGUCUCAUCCCUAGAAAGGUUAGAUUUGUCUAAUUGUGACAUCCAGGAAGACGACGCUGAGUCCCUCGCCAACGUCCUCUCGGCAGCGACAAGCCUCAAACGGCUAAGCCUCAGCUACAACAACAUGCACGGCCGAGUUGACCUCCUAGUCCCUGUGGUUCCCCACCUGGACACGUUGCAUCUUGAUUACUGUGGCUUGCAGGAAAGUGACGCCCACAGUUUGUCGCUGUUACUGCCUAGUGCAGAGAACCUGAGGAAACUCCAUCUUCUGUAUAACAGCUUCGACAACAUCGAGAACAUCAAGUGCAUGAUUUGCAUGAAGGUCCUCACUAACACAUACCUCGUCCUCAGCUAUGACGUGUUCGGCUGGACGUAUGACCUAUAGACCAGAUAAUUGAUGUUGUUACAGUAACCAGUACUGUUAAGAUAUUUGGAUCAAGUUGAAGAGGGUCUAUCACUUAGCUUGCGGCACUUCACAGUUGGCAACACAAACAACAACGCAAAUUCAUUGUUCUCUCAAUAAAAUCAAAACACGGAAAACAAAGAAAACAAACCCGUGACAUUCAGAAAGCGAAAGGAAAAUUGUGGCCCACCGUACUGCCUAAGCUUUUGAAUCUCACAAAAUUGAUUUGAUGCACAUGAAGUCGAACAUCUUCUCAAUCUGGCAUUGCACACGACCGUAAUUUAUGACAACUCCUUUGCGCAGAUUUUGGGUGCCCUUUUACCCAUGUGCAGGUCUCGUUUCUUUUAUCAAAAGACUUAUGCAUCAUUGCCUUUGUGCCCUCAAGUCUGUAAAUACAUAUGUGGCCUACUUUCUCCUUCAUGUGAUCCACAGCGAGUCGCACUGUAGGCCUUUUCUUCAUUUUAAAAGUUUUGGGGCAAAUGUUAACCAGUAUGAAUUUAAAUGUGUUAGUCAUUUAAUAGUCUGACAAAAAGGAAGGAGAUAUUUGUCCUCGUGUAUGAAUAAUAGUGGGUGUUUAUAAAGCGCACAUAUCCACCAGUA